UGGCGCUUCAAAAUUAGCGACCGUCUUGUGACGCAUUCUCGGAUUCACGUGCACAUGUGCAAGCACGAGCCCGCCGACGCUAGUCCUAGCGAUGUGAAGGCGCCUGAUCAAGCAGUGGAGAAGGCCGUGCACCCUCGCGCAGAAUACGAGAACGUCGCUACGACCAGUGACAAGGUCAAGGGCAUCGUGUUCAUCCUGUCGUUGUUCUCGGCCACGUUGGCGAUGGGGUACCUUGUGAUUGUGCCGACGGCCGUGGUGGUGGCGUUCGUGUGUCCAAAGCUCGCAGAGUACAUCUACCGCGUGCUCUUGGGUCACUUUUGCGCGUACUCGUCUGGCGUGUUCGAGUACUUGAGCGGCAUGGAGGUCGUGAUCACGGGCGAAGACGGCGAAACGUUUCACUUCAACGACUUGGACCGUGUGUUCCUCAUUUCCAACCAUCGCACUGAAAUCGACUGGUUGUUGCACUGGAACUUUGCGACGAAAAUCCACGCGCACGACCGCAUCAUGACCAUGCUCAAAGCCGGGUUGCGCCAGAUUCCCAUCUUUGGCGGUGUCCUGCAACUGUUUGGGUUUCCGUUUGUCGAGCGCAAUUGGGUCGAAGAUCAAGCCAAACUAGGUGCGCUCAUCGAGUCGUAUCACUCGCGGAGCUACGGCACAUGGAUGGCCAUGUUCCCCGAAGGCACGGCGCUGUACGACAAGACGCUGCAGGCAAGCCAUGACUUCAAAGCGGCCAACGGCAAGCCCCGGUGCGAUUUUGUGCUGGAGCCGCGGCUCAAGGGCUUCGACUUGUGCGUCGACAAGUUUCGCCCCGAUUACAUCCUCGACAUGACGAUGGCGUUCCCAGAGCUCCGGCGCGGUGUCCGUCCGUCGCCGCUGCGCCUCCUCCAGGGGCUAUUCCCCAAGUCCGUGCACUUUUACGUGCGCAAGUUCACGCUAGAUGAUGUCAUGGCGGCCGACUCGCCCAGCGCGUGGCUUCAAGACCGAUUUGCCGUCAAAGAAGAGAUGCUCUCGGCGUUUUACCAGGCGCCCGACGGCCGCUCGUUCGACAAGCCUGAGGUGCCGCUGCCCAAGUCGAAGCGGCCGUUUCUGAUGGCUCUGGCCCUUGUGGUCACGUCGUCGUGUGCGCUGCCAGUGGUGCUCUGGACCGUCCCGUACUCGGUCACGUACUUGGCGUUGGUCGUGGCCUUCAUGGUCUGGAUUAGUAAACGCUAACGUGUACAGUAUUAAUAAUAAGAAUAUAGUAUUGUCCUAUUCA